AGUUAAAGCGUAACUUCUGUAGAUCGCUGGAUUUUGAUCGUGUUGUAUUAGUUAGCCAUGGCUCUGGCCAACGACGUCGAUGAUGUCACCAUGAUGGAGUUUUCGGGCCACAGCACCACCGCUGCGGACGCCGAUGAGUUCGAUGGUGGCUGCUGUGACUGGAGCGACUGGUCUCCGGUGGUUGACUGGGACGCCGUCCCCGGCAGCGGCCUCGACGGCUUCCAUGACCUCAUGGAGUCCAUGUUGGAAGACGGAACCGGGCCCCACCCGCACCACCUACCUCCACAGUGGUGCGACUCUCCUCCUUCCGUGCACGACGCGACCAACGACAGGGAAGGCGACGGAACCGAUGGCCACGAUUUCAAGGGGCUGAGGCUGGUCCACCUUCUGUUGGCCGCGGCUGAGGCGCUGAGCGGCAAGGGCGAGAACCGCGAGCUGGCUCGGGUGAUAUUGGUUCGGCUCAAGGAGUUGGUCUCCCCGGCCUCCGGCGGCGGCGGGACCAACAUGGAGCGGCUCGCAGGACACUUCACCGACGCGUUGCAGGGCUUGCUGGAGGGUGCGAGGGCGGCCGGCCAAGGUGGCGGCGGUAAGCACUCGAUUGGUGGUAGGCCUCACCGCGAGGAAGUGUGUUACAAUCAAACGGAGGUGCUCGUGGCGUUCCACCUUCUGCAGGACAUGUCGCCCUACGUCAAGUUCGGGCACUUCACGGCCAAUCAGGCCAUUUUGGAGGCUGUGGGUCACGAAAGGCGGGUCCACGUAGUGGACUAUGACAUAAUGGAGGGGGUCCAAUGGGCCUCCUUAAUGCAGGCUCUCGUCUCUCAAAAGGGCGGUCGGCCGUCCCCGCACCUCCGGAUCACGGCGCUGUCAAGGGCCGGGAGCGGGCGCCGGUGGACCCCAACCGUCCAGGACACAGGCCGCCGCCUGGCCGCCUACGCAAAGUCCGUCGGGCAGCCCUUCUCGUUCCACCAGUGCAGGCUGGACCCGGACAAGACCUUCCCCCCGGCCGUCCUCAAGCUGGUCCCUGGCGAGGCGCUGGUCUUCAACUGCAUGCUGCACCUGCCUCACUCCGCCUACCACACGCCCGGCUCGGUCGCCUCGUUCCUGUCCGGGGCCAGGGCUCUGAGCCCGAGGCUGGUGACGCUGGCGGAGGAGGAGGUGGGGCUGGGGGGAGGCGGAGUGGGGUUCAUGGGCGGGUUCAUGGACUCGCUGCAGCACUACUCGGCGGUGUAUGACUCGCUCGAGGCCGGGUUCCCAAUGCCGGACCGGGCUCGGGCGCUGGUGGAGAGGGUGUUCUUGGGCCCGAGAAUAGCCGGGACACUGGCGCGCAUGCACAGGGGGAGGCCGGGCGAGGAGGAGGACGGGUCGGGCAAGGUGGGUUCGUGGGGGGAGUGGUUGGGGGCGGAGGGGUACAGGCCGGGUAGAGUGAGCUUUUCGAACCACUGCCAAGCAAAGCUGUUGGUGGGGCUGUUCAACGACGGGUACAGGGUGGAGGAGGUGGCCGGGAACAGGCUCGUCCUAGGCUGGAAAUCUAGGCGUUUGCUCUCUGCUUCCAUUUGGACAUCUUCCUCCGAUCCCGAUUCAUUAGAUUAGCAGAGAACAACUAAUCAUCCUACGGCAAAAGAUUCGUUUGGUGAUUGUAAUUGUUUGC